CUCUCUUCUCUGCUUUUCUUAUUUUAUUUGGUAUUUUUUAUGGAUUUUUAGGUCAUAGAAGGAGUUUUGGACGAAAGAGAUUGGAGUUUCUCUUCUUAAGUCUUCGAUCUAGGCAGUUCCCACUCGUAUUUAUUUAUUUUUCACUUUUUUGUUUAUAUUUUUAAACUUUUAUAGGUUAUAGACUCACAAAAUCCGGAGUGCCUCUCUUCUCUGCUUUUCUUAUUUUUAUUUUGCAUUUUUAUUUUAGGAUAUAUAGACAUAUUUUAAUACCUAUUAUCCCUACCAUAAGCCCCUUCAAAUAGUUUAUUUCCUUUUAUUUCCAACUAUUCUUUUUCAACAAACUUCAAUCAUUAAUAAAUUACUGGACCCUUGAAAUAUUUAUGUUUAAUAAAUUUUCAUUGCAACAAUUACGAGAGAAAAAAUAGAGAGAGAGAAAAAAAUUAGAUCAUAAUGGGAAAUGAACUAGAAAAAGGACUACUGGGCUCCUUCAUAAAGGAACUUGCAUAAAAAUGUCGAUGGUUGAGUUUUUAUGCGAAAUAUGCGUGAUUACUUGUAAGUUUUUUUUUUUUUUUUUGUGUUCGUCCUCCCCAGGAUAACAGUCUCUCUCGCUCUCACUCUCUCUCUCUCUCUCUGAAAUAAAGGGGGGGCCUGUGGGCACAUAAUGUCUAAUAAACAUUUUGUGCCCUAUAAAAAGAGCAAUGAAUGCGGAAGCCCGUCUCCGUCGCCGGCAAACACGGCCCGUGCGUGUUUAUUACCAAGAUGAAGACGAACAUGGCCAGGAACCAGAGCCGGUAAACAGAAGGAAAAUAAUAAUAAAAUAAAUAGAAGAAACAAACCGAAUAAUAAAUACUCUAAAAGGCUAAAAAACACAAAUUAAGAGUGGAUAGAAAAGAAAAGAAUCUACACUUUUAACUCUUAUAACUUCUAACUCUAUAUAUCCUUUGAAAUCUUUACUUCCUCCAUCAAAUAACAUAUAUACCCCCUGGAUAGUGUAUGAAAAACACAAGAAGCAUUAGCGAAAACAAUUAAUACAUAUAGUACAUAACCCCAAGGCACUAUACUACGACAAAAUAAUAAACAAAUGGAACAUCACAAGAACACAGAAUUGAAUUAAUAAUCCAGCCUUAUGUCUCUGGCUUUGUUUUUACAUUUUUCCCUUCAUUAUUUACAGAUCUCGGGGCCAGAAAGGAAAAUCAAAUAGAAAAGCGAGAAAGUGACACUUGAAAAGGAGCAGCUGUUGGCCUACAGCUCACUUUCGAAGAAACAAAGUGUUAGAGAUCCAUCAUGAUGGGUUUGGGGGAUGUGAUGGCACAGCUCCUGCUGUUGUCCUUAAUCCUUGGCCUGGCCAGGAGCUCGCCGUAUACCAGCUACCAGAACCAGAGGUUCGCCAUGCAGCCCCAGGACCAGACCGCCGUGGUGGGUGCCAGGGUGACCCUACCCUGUCGGGUGAUCAACAAACAGGGCACCCUCCAGUGGACCAAAGAUGACUUUGGACUGGGCACCUCCCGGGAUCUGAGCGGCUUCGAGCGGUACGCCAUGGUGGGCAGUGAUGAGGAGGGCGACUACUCGCUGGACAUCUAUCCGGUGAUGUUGGACGAUGAUGCAAGGUAUCAGUGCCAGGUCAGUCCCGGUCCGGAGGGCCAGCCACCCAUCCGAUCGACGUUCGCCGGUCUGACGGUUCUUGUGCCGCCGGAAUCUCCGAAAAUCACCCAGGGCGAUGUCAUCUAUGCCACGGAGGAUCGGAAAGUGGAGAUCGAGUGUGUGUCGGUGGGAGGAAAGCCAGCUGCCGAGAUUACCUGGAUUGAUGGCCUCGGCAACGUUCUCACGGAUAACAUUGAGUACACGGUGAUUCCGCUUCCGGAUCUGCGUCGCUACACGGCCAAGUCCGUUCUACGGCUGACCCCCAAAAAGGAGCAUCACAACACCAACUUUACGUGCCAGGCCCAGAAUACGGCGGACCGCACUUACCGCUCUGCCAAAAUACGUGUCGAGGUUAAAUACGCUCCCAAGGUAAAGGUUAAUGUAAUUGGCUUACAUCCUGGCGGUGCACCUGUCUCUGGGAGUGGACUUCAGGCCACCACCACUUCCACCUCAUCCAGUGGAAGCCAUCCGGCGGCGACAGGCACUUCCCACUCCCGGAUCGUGGAGCAUUCGCAGGUGCGUUUGGAGUGCCGGGCAGAUGCGAAUCCCGGCGAUGUACGUUACCGUUGGUUCAUCAACGACGAACCGAUCAAUGGCGGCCAGAAGACCGAGAUGGUGAUACGAAAUGUGACGCGAAACUUCCACGACGCCAUUGUCAAGUGCGAGGUGCAGAAUUCCGUGGGCAAGAGCGAGGACAGCGAGACUCUGGACAUCAGCUAUGCCCCCAGUUUCCGGCAACGCCCCCAGUCCCUGGAAGCCGACGUCGGCUCCGUCGUGUCCCUCAACUGCGAGGUGGACAGCAACCCCCAGGCGGAGAUCGUCUGGAUCCAGCAUCCCAGCGACCGGGUGGUGGGCACCAGCACCAACCUGACCUUCAGCGUGAGCAACGAGACCGCCGGCCGCUACUACUGCAAGGCGAAUGUGGCCGGAUAUGCCGAAAUAUCAGCGGAUGCCUAUGUCUAUCUGAAGGGCUCUCCUUCCAUCAGUUCCCCCAGAUCCCAGUACGGACUAGUGGGCGAUACGGCCAGGAUCGAGUGCUUUGCCAGCAGUGUGCCCAGAGCCCGCCAUGUGUCCUGGACUUUUAACGGACAGGAAAUCAGUUCAGAGUCGGGACACGACUACUCCAUCCUCGUGGAUGCUGUGCCGGGGGGCGUGAAGAGCACCCUGAUCAUCCGGGACAGCCAGGCGUACCACUACGGCAAGUACAACUGUACGGUGGUCAACGACUAUGGCAACGAUGUGGCGGAAAUUCAGCUUCAGGCUAAAAAAAGCGUCUCCCUCUUGAUGACCAUUGUUGGUGGCGUCUCUGUGGUGGCCCUGCUCCUCGUCCUGACCAUCCUCAUCGUGGUCUACAUCCGGUGCAAGAAGCGCACCAAGCUGCCCCCCGCCGACGUCAUCAGCGAGCACCAGAUCACCAAGAACGGCGGAGUCAGCUGCAAGCUGGAGCCCGGCGACCGGACCUCCAACUACAGCGACCUGAAAGUGGACAUUUCGGGGGGAUAUGUGCCCUAUGGAGACUACAGCACCCACUACAGCCCCCCGCCCCAGUACUUGACCACCUGCUCCACGAAAUCCAAUGGCAGCUCCACCAUCCUCCAGAACAACCACCAGAACCAGUUGGUGGUCCAACAGCAGCAGCAGCAGCAUCAGCAUCAGCAGAGCCACCAGCACCACACCCAGACCUUGCCGAUGACCUUCCUGACGAACAGCAGCGGCGGAAGCCUGACGGGCAGCAUCAUUGGGUCGCGGGAGAUCCGGCAGGAGAACGGUCUGCCCAGCCUGCAGUCCACCACCGCCUCGGUGGUCAGCUCCUCGCCCAACGGCAGUUGCAGUAACCAGAGCACCACCGCCGCCACCGCAGCCACCACCACCACCACCCACCAUGUGGUGGUGCCCAGUUCCAUGGCCCUCAGUGUGGAUCCCCGGUAUAGCGCCAUCUAUGGUAAUCCGUAUCUGAGGUCCUCCAACUCCUCCCUCCUGCCACCACCCACUGCCGUUUAAGAAACCACCCCCUAAUCGCACCACCCCCUAAAAUAGAAUCUUAAAAGCCACUCUAAGACUGAUCUCGUAGGCUGGGGAUUCCCACUUGAAGGCUUGGGUUGGUGCAAAAAAAAACAAAAAAAAUAAUUACACUUAAAAAAAAAUUAUAACUUCUUUCUGCUACCAAAAAAUCGAAGAUAGAAUUGCUUAAGUUUAGGAUUCUAGCUCACGCAUCUGAUUAAACAUUAAAAAAAAAUGCAUAAAAAAUAGUCUUAAGACAAAAAACAUAAAAAACAAAAAAACAGAACUUAGCAACGAUUUAUUUUUAAUUCUUCAUCAGUCUUUAGCUUUAGGAUUUUUUUUUUUUGUCGUCGUUUGUAGGCUAAUUACCAGUUUUAGACAGAGACUAAGCUUCAAAGAACGAGUGUUGAGUAUUUUCACGAAAAACAAACAAAAGAUUAGACAGUUUGUUGCUUAAGAAACCGCCUUAAAAAAUAGUUAGCAGGUGCUUUAAACUCCAGCUAUAAAAAAGGGGGUUUUUAUGGAGGGUUUUGGGGGGAAAAUAGUAUUUUUCAUCAAAAACUUGCCAGUUUUAGAGAUUUCUUGUCUCUUUUUCUUUUAAAGUGCUGCCUGAUUACUUGGUAAUCACUAUUUUCAUAUAUCCUUUCAUGUAUUGCCUUCUUGCUUACCAGGUAAUCACUAUUUUCAUUUCUUCUGUCAUGCGUUACUAUCUUUCUUACCAAGUAAUCAAUAUAUUCAUGUAUUAUUUCAUAUCAUACCUUUCUGCUUACCAAGUAAUCACUAUUUUCACAUAAACUUUCAUUUAAUCCUUUUCUACUUACUAGGUAAUCACUAUUUUCAUCUAUUCUGUCACGCAUUACUUACUUUCUUAUCGAGUAAUUAAUAUUUUCAUACAUUCUUUCAUCUAAUACCUUUCUGCUUACCAAGUAAUCAACAUAUUCAGAUUCAAUAGAGUCCUUUUAUUUUUCCCCUUAAACUUCAACCAUAAAAACCAUAAAAAAUAAAAAAAAAAUAUAGAAACAAAACAAGAAUUCAAUUAUGUAUACAUGGAUAUAGUAUAUUUGCUAAAUGUUAAACAAAAAAUCGAAAUAUAUAAAAAUAUAUAUGUAUACAGCCGUAAAGACAUUCAGUUGAAUGAUUUUUUAUUAAUUUUAAGCAACAAAAAAAAAAUAAGAAAAACGAAAAUAUGCCAAAGUACCUGAUAGUAUUUAAGUUGAGAAAUCGCCAAAAAAAAAAAAACAAAAAAAAAUUAAAA